AUGGAUGCUCUAUCACCAAAACAACGGUUGAUUUUAACGGGAAUGAAGUAUAAUUCUUUGCCUAAAAUUGCCAAAGUUAAUGUAGAGGAGGAGGAGAAGGGUAUUUUGGGCAAAAAAAUCAGUCCAUCCAAUUCGGAGAAUAUGGUGCAAAAGUCGUUUGCUACUCUUUCACAACCUCCUAGCGCUCAAAACAAAUUAGUUCAACGAGCACAUUCUCUCUACACCAUUGGUGCUACGGGUAGUAAUGAAUAUCGCUCGAAUCCUCUUGUCAAUUUUCUCUCCUCACACACAUCACGAACAACACAAAUGGACUACGACAUUUUGGAUCCAUCAGAAGAGGUCGCACCAUCCACACCCUCAAUCUCCGUCAGUGAACUCACCACGGGACCUGGUUCAAAGGUUUGCUGGAGGAUAGGAAUUUUGGUGAUGGUCAUUCUCUUUCUCGUCAUUUUGCUCACAGUCGUCAUUCUUGGCGCCUACUUCGUUAAAAGGUACGCUGUUCGUUCAGUUUAUUCAGUUCUUACAUUUAAGGUGUUUUAG